AUGGGCGCAGCGGCGCGGGGCCCCGGCGCGGCGAGGCGGGGCAGGGCAUGGGCGGCUCUCGCUGCCGGGGGCGCGGGCCGGGGGCUGCCGGCCGCGGGCAGAGCCUGCGCCGCCGUCCCGGUCCCGGUCCCGCUGCCGGUGCCCCGCGCCCAUCACGGCUCGCCCCGCAGCAGCGCGCGGGCAGCGCGGGCGCUCCGCAUGGCGGGGCUGGCGCCGCGGGGAGCGCGGCGGGGCGCGGGCGGCAACAGACAGCUGAGGGGAAGCCACAGCCUGCAGGUACUGGGCAGUAACUGGAUCCUGCAGACCCAGAUACAGGCACUGCCAGGCACAAACUGCCCACACAGCCCCUGCUGCAGGGACAGCUCCCACCACCAUGCAGUGUCGGUGCCUUCCCUUCCCCAGCCGACCCUCUGCAGGCUCCGGACUCACCAGUGGUGCUUCAUCCUCUUCAACCUCCUGCUUUUCCACCUGCUGCUCUUCGGGGCGGAUUUACUGGAGGAGUAUUUCCUGCGUUCCUUCCCUCUGGCCUACACCGAUGCCAAGACUCUGGAGAUCAGGGAGAGGGCCAGGAAGCUGGACACGGAGCCCCUCAAGGCCAACCUGUCUGGCAGUGGCAGCAGUGGCAGCAGUGCAGCGACGUGCUCUGCCCAGGAGGUGUUUCUGCUCAUCCUGGUCCACAGCAGCCCAGGGAACAGGACGAGGCGCGACAGGAUCAGGCAGACCUGGGGCAACGUGACGGACACCGGGGGUUACACCGUCCUCACCCUGUUUGCUGUGGGAAAGGCAGCUUCGGAAAGCGCCCAGCUGGAGAUCAGUGCAGAGGCUCAGAAGCACAGGGACAUCAUUGAAGGCGCUUUCAUCGAUUCCCCGCAGACGCAGACACAGAAGAUGCUGCUGAGCGUGGAGUGGACGGUGACUUUCUGUCCCCAGGCGAGAUUCAUCCUCAAAGCAGACGAGGACGUGUUUGUGGGUGUUGCAAGCCUGGCUGGGUACCUGCUGAGCUUAACCCAGCUAGAGGACAUCUACCUGGGGAGGGUCGUUCACCAGGGAGUGCCUGACAGGGCCCCCCACAGCCCUGCCUUUGUUCCCACCCACGAGUAUCCCGAGGAGUUCUUCCCGGAUUUCUGCCACGGCAGCGCCUUCGUCGUCUCCCAGGACGUCGCCCGCAAGGUUUACGUGGCUGCCCAGGAGGUGCCACCGGCAGUGCCCCCGGAUGUUUUCGUGGGAAUCUGCGCUAAGAGAGCUGGAAUCACUCCCAUGCACAGCUCCCGCUUUGCCGGGGGAAGGCACAUCAGCUACAAUCGGUGCUGCUACAAAUUCAUCUUCACCUCUUCCAACGUGAAGGAGGACGAGCUAUUUAAAGCCUGGCAGGAAACGAGCAGUGGGGAAGAUUGUUCCUUGCUGGAAACCUACUACAGCCUGGUGUCCUGCAGGGUCCUGACCUACAUUGACAAGUUCAAACAGCUCAACUUGGACAGGAUAAAAAAUGAAGUUCUUCAUUUUGUCAAUUAG